AUGGAAAAUUUAAAGCAAUUUAAAAAGAUUCCUAUAUAUGUAGUGGAAGAACAUAACGAUGCCUUACAAUUUGUAUAUUCCGCUAUUGGUGGCAAAAAGUUGCCGUUAGAAGGAAACACAUUAUUGCAUUUGGAUGCUCAUCCAGAUAUGCUUAUAGAUCGCAAAUUAAAAGGGGAGGAAGCAAGAGGAGGGAGGAAAGUUUUGCAAUUAUUACAGAUAGAAAAUUGGAUUGUACCAGCGGCUGCCGCGGGGCAUAUAAACCGCGUUGUAUGGAUCAGACCACCGUGGGCGAACCAAUUUAGCGAUGGAUCACGACUAAUUCAUGUUGGAGACCACCCCGCCACGGGCUUUCUCCGAGUAGAUAGUAAAGAACCCUAUUAUUUAUCGGAUGCUCUAUAUUCGUCACAGCUUGUGAACAAAAGAAAGUUUAUGUUAACUGUCGCAGAACUGAGCAGUCGUAUGGAUUCUAAUGUGCAUAAUUUAUGUAAUCAGCUUGAUAUCCACAACCCAUUUGUACUAGAUAUUGAUCUGGAUUUUUUCAGUACAGCUAAUCCUUUCUUGGCUCUUUAUAGCAAUAUAGGUCUGUAUGAUUUGUUAGAAGAUUUAUUUCAUUUUGAUGUACCUGAAAACGACGAUAUAGAAAGUAUUGAAAAGACGGUUAAUUUGCGAGAAAUACAAUUACUAGAAUUAGAAGAUUUAUUUAUGUGUAUGGAAGAAAAUGGAAAUUUGGAGAAUUACACAGGAAAUAAAGGCUUAUAUUAUGAAAAGGUUUCAGCGUUGGUUCCAAUUGUAGAGGAGGAAGCAAAACGCCUUGGGGAGCGUCCGGACUGGUGGGCUGUGUUCGCUAGUGGGUGUACAAGAGAUCAGGGUGGGCUGCCUCAUCAUAUCAGCUCUGAAGAAUUAAUUAAGGGCACCAUUGAAAUGUGUCUCAAACCAUUUUUACAAGGCUUACCACCCCCUAUUUUGAUUACAAUAGCUAGAUCUACAGAUGACGGCUAUUGUCCUCCACAUCAGGUUGAGUUUAUACAAUCUCAGGUUCUUCGCGCUCUAAAGGAAAUAUAUGUAACAGACGAACCCAUUUUACAUUAUUUAGAUAAGAUCAAGGAAUAA